UCAGUGACAGAGCGUGGGCGUGCUCUCCCCUCGUCCAUCCAGACCUCUCCUGCGCAGUGACGUCUCAGAUUCGUCGAGUCUCCCAGAUUGUAGUUUGUUUGCUUUCGCUCCUUUCUUUCCCCGGUCUGCUAGACUAGAGAGAGAGAUAAAGAAAGAAAGGAAGGAAGGAAGAGAGAAGGAAAGAAUGAAAGAGAAGGGGAGCGGGCACAGAGAAGAAAAAUGACGAGUUGGCGGAAGUUAAUUGCCGUCACGAACGCAAAAAUAGUUGAUUAGAGUUUCGUUUUUAAAAAAUAAAAAAAAUAACAGCAUGGCUGCGGAGGAGGUGCGGGUGUGCCGCCGGGCCCCGGUGGCUAUCAAACAGGAGCAAGACGACGAUUCAGACGCUGAAGAGCCGAACCUGGGGCCCAAGAAGUCGGAUGGACAGAUCAUCCAUAGCGGUCACUUCAUGGUCUCUUCGCCUCACAGCGAGCACCCACCAAAAAAGGGCUACGAUUUCGACACGGUCAACAUGCAGACCUGCCAGACGUACUGCUUUGGGAAAACAAGCACCUCUCACUUCUCCAUCGACGCAUCUCUAACCAAACUGUUCGAGUGUAUGACCCUGGCGUACAGUGGGAAAUUGGUGUCACCAAAAUGGAAAAAUUUUAAAGGACUGAAGCUGCUAUGGAGGGACAAAAUCCGACUCAACAACGCCAUCUGGAGGGCAUGGUAUAUGCAAUAUGUAGAAAGGAGAGACAAUCCUGUGUGCCACUUUGUUACUCCGCUGGAUGGAUCGGUAGACAUAGAGGACCAUCGCAGACCAGAGGCAAUUGCAACAGAAGGAAAAUAUUGGAAAAGAAGAAUUGAAAUAGUAAUCAGGGAAUAUCACAAAUGGAGAACUUAUUUUAAGAAAAGGUUACAGAAGCACAAAGAUGAAGACCUCUCAAGCCUUGUCAAGGGUGCUGGGGAGCAGUACUCGUUGUUUGGGGAAUGCUAUCCAGACACCUUCUGUGUCUCCUUCUGCCAGGAUGAUGAGGUGGGGGCCUGGCGAGUGAACAGGAAGGGCCGGGACACCCCGGUGCCUAUGGAGCAGGACAUAGACAUAGAAAUGCUGAUGUCAGAGUUCACCGACACUCUCUUCUCCACGCUCGCUUCCCAUCAGCCCGUCGCCUGGCCCAAUCCUCGAGAGAUCGCACAUGCCGGAAACGCAGAUAUGAUUCAACCAGGUUUAAUUCCUCUUCAGCCAAAUCUAGAUUUCAUGGAUACAUUUGAGCCUUUUCAGGAUUUCUUUCCUUCUGUUCGCUCGUCUUUUUUCCCUUCAUUUUCCAUCCCUUCAGUUUCUUCGAUGGCAAGCAGCAAUUGUCCAACUCAGACCUCCAUCCUGACGUCUCCAGUCUCCUCUGCCAGUCUCAGCCAGGAGCCGAUUCCACCUCCAGUUACCCCUGCUCUUUCAAACACAAGCAAUAAGAACUGUUCCAGUGCUGUCAAUGCUUUCGGACAGACAGCAGAGUUCAGGUCACAGACACCUCUAGCAAACCAGCAGACGUUUUUACCUGUGUUUCCCCCGUUGGUGCCCUCUGUUCCCUGUGCAGCUGAUGCCGCCAGGGUUCCAGCCCCUCCCUCGCCCUCUCCCCAAACCGUUCAGCCCACUGCAGUGCCUCAGAAUGGAGCUGGGGGAGUCACUCAGGCCUCAUUCCCUUCAGCAGAGACUCCUAAGUUUGGAUUCGGCAGCACUUUGCAAUCGUCUGUCAUUACGCACACUGCCUCCGGUCAGAGCCCAAGUCUCAUCCUCACAACACGCCCUCAAGCAGGACCCUGCGAUGCCUCUGUGAUGCCUCACUUUCAGCCCCAGCCCUCUGCACCAGCUCAGACUUUUGCCCUCCCAAAGCCAGUGCAACUUAAAGGAACAAGGGCGAAACCCCUGCAGAAAAUCGUGCCUGCUCCCACACCCCUAGUGUUUAAAAAUGCUUUCAUAGCACCAGCUUCCUUUCCUGGGCAAACCAGUGCUGUGAUUGUCACCCCUGCACCUUUAAAAAGUGAAGGGGUAUCUCCACCCAGUGUUGUCCUUGCACCCACUGCCAUUGGAAGGAACCCAGGAGUGACAGAGUUCCAUAUAUUGCAACCAACAGUAACCUCUCAACACCUUAUCAUAGCCAAAGAUGAGCCGGGCUCUUCCACAAACUGCAGAGCGCAGACUCCUUCUCCUACAUCUAACAGGGAACGUCACAAUUCAGGUCAGGGAUCUCUAUGCACUUCUGAACAGAUUCCCGAUCCCCAGUCAUCCCAGAACAGCUCCACCAGCAAAUCCAAGACGGACUCGUGCAUCGUUGGAUUUAAGAGCCGAAGAAUAAACCACAUCUCUGCAGAACAAAAGAGGAGAUUCAACAUCAAGAUUGGUUUUGACACCUUGAACACUUUAGUCCCAGUUUUAAAAUCUCAGUCAAAUUCAAAACCAAUAAGCAAUGCAGCCACUCUUCAGAAGACUGUGGAAUAUAUCGCCAAGUUACAACAAGAGCGAGCGCAGAUGCAGGAGGAGGCCAAACGUCUCAAGGAUGAAAUUGACACGCUCAAUACUUCCAUCAAUUGUUGCCAGCAGCAGCUCCCUGCUACGGGAGUGCCGAUAACGCGCCAGCGCUUUGAUCACAUGCGGGAGAUGUUUGAUGACUAUGUGAAGAACAGGACGCUUCAGAACUGGAAGUUCUGGAUAUUCAGCAUAAUCAUGAAACCGUUAUUCGAGUCCUUCAAUGGAAUGGUUUCAACAACAAGUUUAGAUGACAUGUGUAACACCACGCUGUCCUGGCUGGAUGAGCACUGUCCGCUGCCUGUUCUGCGGCCAAUGGUCUUACGCACACUGCGCCAGCUCAGCACCACAACCUCCAUCCUGUCUGACCCGUCGCUUUUGCCCGAGCAAGCAACACAGGCCGUCCGCAGGAUGAACAACAGAAGCGGAGAAUCUUAGCAAAGAACAUUUGGGAGCAUAAGGGGUUCUCUUCUCAAACUCUCCCACUCCGCUAUAGGGAUUUUUUUUUUUCUCUCUCUUUUGCGCUUGCACUAAGCAGUUCAGGCUGUUAACUACAAUCCAUAUGUGAUGGCCAUUAAACAGCAGAGGUCUGUCCUGCCGUGUGCAGGUGUGGCGCUCUCUCAGGCUGGAGGGCUGAUCUCAGGUAAGCUGUGGGUGAAGGAGCUGCAGGUGACCACAGUGAAGCACCACGCCCCGGGUACGUGUCGGGAUCGCUGCCCCUAGGGGUGCAACACAGCUUAAUGAGUGGCAGAAGAAAAUGCAGCAGAAAGGAACAGUGCAUGGCCCAGGCUGCACUUUUACAGUGUCAUUGAACAUUUUGAAGAUGGUUUAGGUAAAGGGAAAUGCAUCAGGAUGGAUCUUAAUUGUCUUUUUUUAAAUCUGUUUGUACAUUUUUUCCCCUUGUGCUUUCUUUUCUUUACAUAUACAUGCACACAACUGUUACACAAUAUGAUUUGCCAAAUAUAUUAUUUUACAUAGGACAGAUUUUUUUUUUUUCGCCUAAAGAAUUAGCCAGGUCUGUUUAAAAAUCAGGUAUACUGUCUCAUUGUUUUUUGUCGUUCAUGCAAGCUGUUCAGUCUGUACCUCUUCCAGUCUUGUUCUUGUAGUUCAGCUCAUCUUGCAGAACGCCUUCUUAAUACAGGCUUCUUGGAGGUGAAAUCUGAAAGAUCCAUGUAAACUACCUUAUUUGAGAAAUAUAUCCAUUGUGCCAGGGUGCUACAUUAACCCCACACCUACACAGAAUGCAGAACCCAGUAAUGACCUGCAUUUCAAAUAACAUACAGGUAUUAUUAUUGAUCCCUGGAUUAUGAUGAGACAUGCACAAUAACACUGUGUGAUGAAUCUUUCUAAAUUCCAGGUUCUAUAUACAGUAGGUGUGUCAUUAAUGUAUGGAUGUAUUUACGCUCAAGUGCUCAGGGGUAUAUACAUGAGCUUAUACAACUACCAAAUAUGAAAUUCAGGGACAGCUGACCCAAGAUACAUUGGGUUGUAUUCACAAAGCAUAGUAUCCAGUGAUUACUUAUAAAAACAAAAAUGCUUUAAAUGAGUAACUUGGAAACUGAGGUUAUUUUAAGAGCUGUGUAUCUUAGUUGUUUCUUGCUAGUUCUGCAACAUAAGUAGUUUACACCCUUCCCUUCUAUAGAUAUUUUGUUUGACAAUUGUAGUGUUCCAUUUUUUUGCAUUCUUUUCGGUCUUCUUUUGAAUUCUCACAGACUACAUUUUUUGGUCUUUUUUUUUUUUUUUUUUUUUAGAAGGUUCUGUGUGUUGUUGAAAUACAGCUUUUCACAUAUGUAAAUGUAUGUGUAUCUGUUUUCUGUUCCACAUACUGUAGGUGCAUACAGUUGAACCUGCUUGGACAAAAUAACUAAAAUCCUGAACAUGCAGCAUGUUCUAGAACCAUUCAGGGGGUGGGCACAUUAAUUGUGCUGUUCGGAUCUGCAAAACGUGGAGCUUUAAGUAUUAAAAAAAAUAUUCAGUUUAUACAACAAUACACACGUCGACUAUUUUUAGGGCCUGGUUGCAACAAAUACUACAUUACUUUUGUGAGCCUUAAGUAGCAGUGAUGGUGUUCUUGUAGGGCUAGUGUCUACAGUGUUUGUCACUCACGUGGUUAUGCAGGUGCUUUAUGCACCACCUACAGAAAAGUGAUACUGUGCUGCAGAUGCUUUUGGCUUGCAACGUUAUCUGGUUUGACUUCAGUUCUUGUAUAUAAUAAAACACCCUCCAUCCCUCCACUGCUGAGCUUUAGUCAUAUGAAGAGAAUACACAGGAGUGAUAUUACCACAUUUUUGGCUUCAGAAUCUGAUGGGUUUAUACCAUUUAUAGCAACUUUAUGGAGAUGUUAAAGUAGUGUGUUUUACUAGUUAUUUCUUAGGUUACACUCCAAGGGAAUGUAACUACAAGGCAGUCCGUGUCAUAUGUAUGACUUCAGGAUGAAAAGCUCCUUACUAAAUCUUACAGGUGUGUGUUUUUUUUAAUUAUUUUAUUGAAUGCGUUUCAUCUUAAGCACUGUGAAACUGAAUCCAGUAAAAAAAAAAGUGCUAUGCAAAGAAAAACUUUUUUUUUUUUUUUUUUUUCAAUAUCUGUUUGGUUUCAGACAAGGGUCUGAGAGAAGCUGUAGCUGAUAUGACAUGUAUCGUCUUGUCUGUUUUUAUUUGUUACUGUGAGUGAUCAUUUGAUAUCUGCUGCGGUGCAGAAUUGAUAUAUUACAAAGUUAUGAAGAAAUACACAUUGUAAACCUAAGCUGAAUUCUUUUACAUCGGUACUAUUAAUGGUCUUUGUAGAAUAGAGUUCUGCCAUUCUUGAGAAUGAAAUUGAUAGGCAAUCUGUUUUGGAUGUAAAACUGUAAAUAUGUUUUCCUAUUGAGUAAACAACUUUUUAAAGUCCGA